AUGGUGUCCCUUCUGUCCGGACCAAGAUCCCGCCUUCAGUUCUGCAGUUCAGAGGAAGACAGGGGCCUGGGCGACCACAGCCCCCUCCUGCCCUCUCGGUCCCGGGGAUCGCAGCCCAGGAGAAGCCCUGAGGUCGGGGUGGAGGAGCUGGGGGCAGAGCAGGGCCCAGGCUCCAGCGUGGGGACGUGCGCGCGCCCGCGGGCGGGAGCCCAGGACGGCCCCUGGGGGCCAGGAGGUGACGCGGGCUCCAGGCUGGUGUCUGUGUCUCUCCUUGCAGGGCUGUGUGUCGGCCAAGCAGACGGAGGAAGAGCUGAGGUGCUUCCCAAGCCCUCCCUCAGGGCCUGGCCCAGCUCGGUGGUCCCCGCCCGGAGCUCCGUGACCCUGCGAUGCGGGGCUCCCACCAGGGACGUAAGCUUCACUCUCAGGAAGGGGGGACGCGUCUGGGAGAUGGUCCAGUCACCCGACUCCACAGAGGGCCGGGCUGAAUUCCACCUCCCGGGUGUAACUGUCCAGCACGCGGGAGAAUACAGCUGCGAAUACCACGGGACGGGGGAUCCCCGCGGGAGCUCAGGGCCCAGUGACGCCCUGCUGCUGCUGGUGACGGGUGAGGGGGCGCCUGGGAAGGACGGCCGGGCCCCGGGGCCAGGGGACGAGGGAGGGAGCGGACCCAGAGACGCAGAGCGGGUCUCCCCUCCAGGGUUGUUGGGAGGGGAGAUGGAGAGAGGCAGGGACCGAGGUGAUGCCUUGGCUUGAUCC